CCUGCCCGAUAAAAAGCGUUGCGAGCGCGCGCCGCCGACCCUAGUGCUUCGAACACCGCCAGAGAUACAGGUGUCCAUUCACCCUGGCGCCCCGCGAUGUCUCCAUGGACCCACCCCCCACGGACUCCGACACCGACUCGGGGGAUGACACUGUACCCGCCGACCCGGAGAAAUGGGACGCAGCGGACGUCCGUCGCUGCGCGCGCUGGGUGGCGCGCAAGUUCGCCGUCCGCGCACCUCGCCGGCACCUCCUGCCCGACACCGGGAAGGCACUCCUCGCGCUCACUGUAGACAACUGGACCCAGGUGUGUGACGGCGACAUUUCGGCGGCGCGCAUUUUCCACGCAUACCUACAGCAUGCGGUCGCGACGGCGAGAGGUGCACCGCCGCCGCCGCCGCUGCCCGAGCACCAGCAGCCGCCCUCCACCAGCAGCGCUGCUCUGCAUUACGACCCGUACGCGGCACUGAGUUGCGCGCGCGGCGGUGGGGGCACGUCCGGCGCGGGAGGACAGGUGCAGCUGUGGCAGUUCCUGCUCGAAGAGCUGGCCAGUGGCGCGCCCGGCAUUUGCUGGGAGACUACAAUGGCCAAAUUGGUUAGUAACAAGAGAAUUCUUAUAUCUAUGUUAGUGUACCUACGUCUAAAUAAAUUAGUGUCUGAACAACAAGAAAAGUUGCUUCCUGUUGAUCAGCACUUGGGCAAAAUGGCGCAAGCAUGGCGAGUCAUACCUUGCCGCCACAGUCAUCAAGAUAGAGCUGCGACUGACCCGCAGCCUGCACAGCAACGAGGCAGUCUUUUUGAGCAUUAUAGCAUAAAAGUCAUCAGUCCUAUACUGCGCAAACAUGCCCAAGGCGCUGCAGAUCCACGGUAG